AAUAAUAGGAUAAGGAUAGGAUGUAAAAUAUGAAAGCAGGAGCAGCAGCUUACCAAUAAAGAGUGUGGGGAAAUUGUGGAAUGGCAGUGGCAUUGGCAUCAGUUGACCACAGCUUCAAUUUCAGAUUCCCCACUUUCUGCUGCUCAUCGAAACCCCCCACCACCACCUACCGCCCAGCUGUUAUUCUUCCAGGCUUAGGGAACAAUUCAGGUGACUAUCACAAGUUGGAGCUGACCUUGAAGGAGUAUGGUGUGGCCAGUGUUGUGGCUAAGGUUUCAAGGCUUGAUUGGCUGAGGAAUGCUGCUGGUUUGGUAGACCCCAAUUACUGGAGAGGCACUCUCACUCCUCGCCCUGUUCUUGAUUGGUAUUUGAAGAGGGUUGAUGAGGCAGUCCAGGAGGCAAAGCAACUGACUCAAGGUGGGACUUUGUCAUUAAUUGGACACUCAGCUGGAGGAUGGCUUGCACGCGUCUACAUGGAAGAAUUCGGGGUAUCCCAGAUUUCCUUGUUGUUGACUCUUGGGACCCCCCACCUGCCACCUCCAAAAGGUAUGCCUGGGGUUAUUGAUCAAACAAGGGGACUCUUGGAUUAUGUUGAAAAGAAUUGCUCAAAAGCUGUUUACACACCACAACUGAAAUAUGUAUGUAUUGCUGGGAGGUAUAUUCAAGGAGCUCGACUCUUUGGCAACUCAAAUGUAAACGCUAAUGCUGCAGUUCCCAUUGAGGAUGACCUGCAAAUCUCUGAGGUUGCUGUUGUGAAGGACAUGAACAACUCAACACCCAAUUCCCCCACCCUUCGUGCUCGAUUCAUCGGGCAAGGGUACAAGCAGGUUUGUGGGCAAGCAGACGUGUGGGGCGAUGGUGUUGUGCCAGAAGCAUCAGCCCAUCUGGAGGGGGCACUCAAUGUUAGCUUGGAUGGGGUGUACCACUCACCGGUUGGCUCAGACGAUGUGUCGAGACCAUGGUAUGGCUCCCCAGCUGUUGCAGAGCAAUGGGUGCAUCACCUCCUCAGCUAAAUGCAUUUGAGGUACUCAUCAAACAAUAAAUAGUAGUCUCAUUCAUUGGAAUUCCAUUCAUCCAAACAUUGUACACACUAUAUGACUCAUCCUUGGCUAAAAGGAAGCGAAAACAUUUCCCUCUAACACCAUAUUAAACAACCCCUUUUGACCUAAAA